CAUUAUGAAGUGUACCUCGAGGGAGUGGCUCAGAGUAACCACAGUGCUAUUCAUGGCUAGAGCAAUUUCUGCCAUGGUGGUUCCCAAUGCCACUUUCUUGGAGAAACUUUUGGAAAAGUACACGGAUGAAGAUGGUGAGUGGUGGAUGGCCAAGCAAAGAGGGAAGAGGGCCAUCACAGACAAUGACAUGCAGAGUAUCUUGGACCUUCAUAAUAAAUUGCGAAGCCAGGUGUACCCAACCGCUUCUAAUAUGGAGUAUAUGACAUGGGAUUUAGAACUGGAACGAUCUGCAGAAUCCUGGGCUGAAACUUGCUUGUGGGAACAUGGACCUACAAGCUUGCUUCCAUCUAUUGGACAGAAUUUGGGAGCACAUUGGGGAAGAUAUAGGCCCCCAACUUUUCAUGUACAAGCAUGGUAUGAUGAAGUGAAAGACUUUAGUUACCCAUAUGAACACGAAUGCAACCCGUAUUGCCCAUUCAGAUGUUCUGGCGCUGUAUGUACUCAUUACACACAGGUUGUAUGGGCAACAAGUAGCAAAAUAGGAUGUGCCAUCAAUUUGUGCCAUAAUAUGAACAUAUGGGGACAGAUAUGGCCCAAAGCUGUCUACUUGGUGUGCAACUAUUCCCCCAAGGGAAAUUGGUGGGGCCACGCCCCCUACAAACACGGACGACCCUGUUCUGCUUGCCCGCCUAGUUUUGGAGGGGGCUGCAGAGAAAAUCUAUGCUACAAAGAGGGUUCAGAUAGAUAUCAUCCUCCUCGAGAAGAAGAGACAAACGAAAUUGAACGUCAGCAGUCACAAGUUCAUGAUACCCAUGUACGGACAAGAGCAGAUGAUAGUAAUAGAAAUGAAGUCAUAAGCACCCAGCAAAUGUCCCAAAUUGUAUCCUGUGAAGUAAGAUUAAGAGAUCAGUGCAAAGGAACAACCUGCAAUAGAUAUGAAUGCCCUGCAGGCUGUUUGGAUAGUAAAGCUAAAGUUAUCGGCAGUGUUCAUUAUGAAAUGCAAUCCAGCAUCUGCAGAGCUGCAAUUCAUUAUGGCAUAAUAGACAAUGAUGGUGGUUGGGUAGAUAUUACCAGACAAGGAAGAAAACAUUAUUUCAUCAAGUCCAAUAGAAAUGGAAUUCAAACAGUUGGAAAAUACCAUUCGGCUAAUUCCUUCACAGUUUCUAAAGUAACAGUUCAGUCUAUCACUUGUGAAACAACCGUGGAACAACUCUGUCCUUUUCAUAAGCCUGCUUCACAUUGCCCCAGAGUCUAUUGCCCUCGAAAUUGCAUGCAGGCAAACCCACAUUAUGCUCGUGUCAUUGGAACUAGAAUUUAUUCUGAUCUGUCAAGUAUCUGCAGAGCAGCAGUGCAUUCUGGGGUGAUUCGAAAUCAUGGUGGAUAUGUUGAUGUCAUGCCUGUGGACAAAAGAAAGGCUUAUACUGCUUCUUUUCAGAAUGGAAUCUUCUCAGAAAGUUUACAGAACCCUCCAGGAGGAAAGGCAUUCAGAGUAUUUGCUGUUGUCUGA